AUGAAGUUGACGACUCUACUGCUGGGCUGCUCGUCGGCCCUCCUGGCCGCCGCGUGCGGCAACCACGGCGAUGACAAGGAGUGGACCAAGGCUGAGCUGGAUGAGUUGGAAGCGAAAUGGGGUUUCGAGAGCGAAUGGGAGCGUGACGAGGCGUUUGGGGGCUCACGAGACGAUUUAGGAUUCACGGGCAUCGGCUCUUUCGCUCAUCUCAAGCAUGUAAAGUGCCUGACAACGCCGUCCGAGUUGUACGAUAUCGCCAUCAUCGGUGCGCCGUUUGAUACGGCUGUUAGUUACAGGCCAGGCGCCCGCUUCGGCCCCCGCGCCAUCCGCCAGGCCUCGAGCAGACAGACGUCCUUCCGCGGCUUCAACCCGCGCGCGAGCAUCAACCCGUACGCCAACUGGGCCACGAUCCUCGACUGCGGCGACAUACCCGUCACGCCCAUGGACAAUGUCGUCGCUGUGGAGCAGAUGUCGGCCGCCUUCAAGGAGCUCGGGCAGCGGAGGCCCGUGUCGAGCUCGCUGAGCAGGCCGAAGCUCAUCACUCUCGGCGGCGACCACAGUCUCGCGCUUCCCGCGCUGAGGGCGUUGAGGGAGGCAUACGGGGCGCCGUUGAGGGUGUUGCAUUUUGAUGGUGAGUUUUUGUGUGUCUCCUUUUCGGUGGGGUUUUCUGGGUGUAGUGAGGGAAGUGGAAGGAAAUUAGGAAAGGGGGGAGGGGGUGAAAGACUGGGAUCACAGAUGCUCGAGAAGGGGAUAGCAGAGCUGACACAUAUCGCGAACCACGCAGCUCACCUGGACACCUGGCACCCGGCAAAGUACCCCUCCUACUGGACCGCCACACAAUUCAACCACGGCUCCAUGUUCUGGAUGGCCGGCAACGAAGGCCUUCUCUCCAACGCCUCAAGCCAGCCCUCGGUCCACGCAGGCCUUCGCACCCGCCUCUCCGGCACCGACUUUGCCGACCACGAAGACGACACGGCGCAGAAUUGGGUACGCAUCGCCGCCGACGACAUUGACGAGAUUGGCACGGCGGGCAUCGUAAAGUCCAUCAUGGAGACGCUGGGCACCGAGGACCCGGUGUACCUGUCCAUCGACAUUGACGUGCUGGACCCGGCGUUCGCGCCCGGGACGGGCACGCCUGAGCCCGGUGGCUGGACGACGCGCGAGCUGAUUCGUAUUCUGAGAGGGAUCGAGGGGUUGAAUCUUGUUGGUGCUGAUGUUGUGGAGGUGAGCCCUGCGUAUCAGAAUGCUGGGGAGGAGACUGCGUUGGCGGCGGCGCAGGUUGUGUAUGAGGUUCUGAGCUCGAUGGUGAAGAAGGGACUUGAAGGGAUGGGGAAGGAGGGCAAGGCUGCUGCUGCUGCUGUUGUUGAUGAGAAGGAUGAGUUGUAA